AUGGAAUUGAUUGUUGCGAAACCAGCAGUUGAGGCAUCUUCAACAACGCUUGCAGAAACAGAAGAUAGCAUUGCAACGGUAUGCAAGCAUAAGACUAAAAAAAGUUUGUUCAAAAUAGCUGACUUCAGAAAGAAAGUAAGAGCUAGGAAGAAUUCUUUUAAAGAAUUAUGCGACGAAUGUUUGCUGAAUGACCCUAAUUCUACAAAUAGUGCGCAAUGGCUUUGUGUCACUUGCGCUUUUCUUGGAUGCGAGAAAGAAGGACAUACAUGGAAACAUUUUCAGGCUGAUCGGACUGGAUCUGAGCAUACCCUUUUUUUUUCAUUAGAUACGAAGAAGUUUCGGUGCAUUGCUUGUAAUAAAGAUAUGGAUCCUUCUGAGGAAACUGCUGGACCAAUGAAAGCUUACCUUAACGAUUACACCUCGUUUCAAAAAACCAUUGAACGCGCUGCAAAUGCAGCUCGUAAUGCUGCAUUAUCCAAAAAAAGUUCUUUCAAAGUUGAAACUUCGAAGGAAGAUGGAAAAGAUCUCAAGAAAGAAAGGGAAUAUCAAGAACCGGAAAACUCCAGAAUGAAUCAGAUGAAGGGAAAAAAAUUGGAGCGUAAUUUGCCUGGAGACACAAGUGGUAAAAAAGUUGUUUACAAACGAGUUCCAGCUGUGAAGGGCUUGGCAAAUCUUGGAAAUACUUGUUUUUUUAAUUCGACUAUGCAGUGCUUGGUGCACACUUAUACAUUAGGCCACUAUGUUAAUUAUGUUGGUACACUUCAAGAGGUUGAAGUUGGUGGAGGUGAAGUUGCUGUCGGGGAACGACAAGUCCAGGUGCCUCAUGCAAAAUUAAAACUAGAAGAAUUUUUUGGGCCGCUGAAUGACUGUUUAGCUCAUUUCAUUCGCUCUUUCGCUGGUGGCGAAGAUUUACACCCUUCAAGGCUCUUUAGCGAGAUAGCGAAAAAGGCACCUCGUUUCCGCGGUUGGGCUCAGCAAGAUGCACAUGAGCUCUUAAGGUACCUUAUGGACGGAUUACGUUCUGAGGAACUACAGCGGUACAAGAAUGCUAUUUCUCUCCACUUGAAGAUUCCCAGGGCGGCAUCUUCAAAACCUGUAGAUCCUGAAUUAUCUUACCAAACGAAGGGUAUGCUUAAGGCUUGCGGCAGACCACUUUUAGACGCUAUUUUUGGUGGAACUCUUCUGCAGGCUAUCAAAUGCCUGAAAUGUGGACACUUAUCGUGUAUUUACGAGGAGUUUCUUGACCUUUCUAUCCCAAUUCCUUCAGUUAGUUCUUCUAAAUUUUUGAAUGGAGCGCUGAAGAUUUCUAAAUCUUCAUCCAGUGAGAUUAGCAAGCAUCAAAAGAAGAAAGAAAGGGCACUUGAAAAGAAGGUAAUCUCCGUGCCUCUCUUAUGCGGCGGUUUUGUUCGGUUAAGACGGAAAUCGAGAAGGGAUAGUGCUUCAUCUAGCCGAGGAGAUACUCCAGAAGGAGACGUUAAUAGUGGAGCUAGCGUAUCAGUUGUGCACAGCGAAAGCGAUGUGGAAGAGGGGGAAGAAGUAGAUCAAAACGAUAACGAGUUGGAGUUAGAAAAAUUGCAUAUUACCGAAAAAGACCCUGAAGAAUGUUUACAGACUUUGGGAGAUGGGAUGGAGGAAAGUGGUGAACGGUCAUUAUAUUCGUGCCUAUCUGCUUUUACUGCGAAAGAAACGCUUUCUUAUCCUAAUGCUUACGAAUGUGAAAAAUGUUGUUUGCCUCAAAACAAAAAAUUGAGGAACGGAAUGAAGAAAGUUACGGUGGACGCAGAAAAGCGAUAUUUUAUUUACGAACCGCCUACAGUGUUAACGUUACAUCUUAAACGUUUUGAGCAGCAUCAUUAUCCUAAUGGGCGCGUUUCAACAAGCAAAGUUCGUGGCCAUGUUGCGUUUCCGUUCGUAUUAAAUAUAGCACCUUUCUGUACUAAAAUAGUCAAGAGGGUAAGUGAAAGUUCACGGAAAGUUGUUUAUGCGUUGUAUGGCAUUGUUUCCCACUCAGGAGACCUUUCGGGUGGUCAUUAUGUUGCAUACGUUCGCAGCCGUGUUAGUUCUCCGGCAACAAACAAGUUUUUCUUCGAAGCAGCUAAGAACUUGAUUCCUGAAAAUAUUAAAAUUGAAAACCUGGAAAAUAUAAAUGACAGUGAAAACGUGGAAGAAGACGGUGAGUGGUUUUAUGUGAGUGACAGUCGAGUAUGUGCGGUUAAUGAAGCAAAAGUAUUGGAAGCUGAAGCCUAUAUCCUUUUUUAUGAAAGGAUAGCGUAG